CGCGAUCGGCUCCGGCGUGGCGGUCGACUGCUCCACGCUGACCUCCAAGUGCUUGCUGCUCAAGGCACGCAUGAGCGCCCCCAAGUCGGGCCGCGCGCUGGUUCGGCCGAGCGAGCACGCGCUCGUGGACAACGACGGCCUCUACGACCCCGACUGCGACCACGAGGGCCGCUUCAAGGCGCGCCAGUGCAACCAGACGUCGGUGUGCUGGUGCGUGAACUCGGUGGGCGUGCGCCGCACGGAGAAGGGCGACCAGAGCCUGCGCUGCGACGAGCUGGUGCGGACCCACCACAUCCUCAUCGACCUGCGCCACCGCCCGGCCGCGCACCCCUUCAACCACUCGGACUUGGACGCCGAACUGCGGCGGCUCUUCCACGAGCGCUACCUGCUGCAUCCCAGGUUCGUGUCGGCCGUGCACUAUGAGCAGCCCAUCAUCCAGAUCGAGCUGCGGCAGAACGCGUCGCAGAAGGCUCCCGGCGACGUGGACAUCGCCGACGCUGCCUACUACUUCGAGAGGGACGUCAAGGGCGAGUCGCUGUUCUCUGGCCGUAACAGCCUGGACAUGCGCGUGCGCGGCGAGUCUCUGCAGGUGGAGCGGACCCUCAUCUACUACCUGGACGAGAAGCCCCCCCAGUUCUCUAUGAAGCGCCUCACCGCCGGCCUCAUCGCCGUCAUCGUGGUGGUCGUGGUGGCACUGGUUGCAGGCGUGGCUGUGCUCGUGAUCACCAACCGGAGGAGGUCGGGGAAGUACAGGAAGGUGGAGGUCAAAGAACUGGGGGAGUUGAGAAAGGAACCCAGUUUAUAGGUCCCCGGUAGGAGAAGGACCAAGUGGGGUACCGGAUUCCAGCAUGGCCUGACCCAAGUGAGUCAUGCUUCCUGAUUCUUGGCCCAGAGGAGACGUUUCUCCUUCCAAAUCCGCUCCUCUCCCCUCUCCACACACACCGAGUUUAAUAGAUCCUGGUCUCAGGGUCACUUUCUAACUUCUGUCAUGAAGAAAGUGUUUCUGAAAUUCUUUCCCUUUCAGUCCAACUACAAGAAACCUGAGUAGCAUUCAGAGAAGCAUGGCCUGGCCUGGCUUUGUAAGACACAAGUGUCAGUCCAGCCAGGUUCCUGAAGGGUGGAAUGGACUUGUGAGGCUUAAAUGAAUUUAGAUGGGAAACAAGGCUUUUAUUAUCUUGGGUUUAAGUUAUUUGAUGAGUUCCACUUUAUAUCAUGGCCUUCCUGAUGAGGAGUUUGCUAAUUGGGCCUAAUGGGGAAACAAGGCUUUUAUUAUCUUGGGUUUAAGUUAUUUGAUGAGUUCCACUUUAUAUCAUGGCCUUCCUGAUGAGGAGUUUGCUAACUGGGCCUAACGGCAUCCUCAUGUACUGCUGUUUGUGUUACUGACCACAUAGCCUUGUCACCGGGAAGAAGCCUGUUUUAGCAGCUUGAACACCUUUUAGAUGUCUUUGUUUGGGGGCAAACUCUGCCCCAGAAACUUAGCAUCUGUUCAGCUCUCCCUUAUUACAGCUGAUGUUAGUACUGUUUUCUUUUGUAAAAUGUUUGUACAUAUGUUGUCUUUGAUAAUGCUGCUGUGAUUUUUUUUUUUAAAAAAAACACAAGUUUAAUAAAAUAUUGGAAAGGCACAAACCAAAAACUGGAGUUUGUGAAAACCCCUUUUGGAUUUA